UUCAAAGCAGUUAUGUCCUCUGCACGGUACGUGCUCUCGAAUCAAACUAGUGACUUUACGCUCGUCGUGAAGUUACAGUAAACAGUAUAGAAAAACUUGUCUCAAUUUGUGUUAUUCUACGGCCGGUAAGUAAAUAUUUUGUAAAAUAUGGCUGAUAAAAGUGCAACACCAGCUCCAGAGGAUGUCUCAGCUAAAACUGAGUCAGUUAAAAAAGCAGUUGCUCCAAAAGCAACAAAAGCAAAGACUCCAAAGUCACCAAAAGCUGUGAAAGCUGUAAAGGCACCCAAGGCUCAUCCAAGCACUGCUGAUAUGGUCAAGGCUGCAGUUAAGGCUCUUGCUGAACGCAAUGGAUCAUCACUUCAAGCAAUUAAAAAAUAUAUAGCUGCAAAUUACAAGCUUGACACUGAAAAACAUGCACAAUUUAUUAAAAAAUAUCUCAAGUCAGCUGUUAUAUCUGGUGAUCUUGUUCAAACCAAGGGAAAAGGUGCUUCUGGAUCAUUUAAACUUGCUGUAAUUAAAAAAGCAACCAAGGCUGCUGAACCAAAGCCAAAAGUUGUUAAAAAACCAGCAUCACCAAAAAAAGCUCCAGUUGCUAAAAAACCAGCAGUUAAUAAAAAAACUGAAACUGCCAAGGCUAUUGCUAAAAAAGUAACUGUACCUAAGAAAACAGUAGCAGCUGUUAAAAAACCAAUUGUUGAGAAAAAAACAAAAACAGCUCCUGCUAAAAUUGUUAAACCAAAAGCUCCAAAAAGUCCAAAAGCUAAAAAAGCAACUAAAGCACCAACUGCAAAGCCAAAAUCACCAAAACCAAAAAAAGCAGCAGUUGCCAAAACAACUAAGAAAUCACCAGCAAAAAAAUAAAUUUACACAUCAUCCCUAAGAUGAAAAAAAACAAAUCGGCCCUUUUCAGGGCCAACAAUUUAUUCAAACGUUUUAUAUACUCUUUAUUUUUAUCAUAAUAUUUUGCAUGAAAUAAUAACACUUAUUUAUCAUGCUAAAAUACGUGAUCCAGUGUUUAUUAGAAUUUCUACUUGUGGUGGAAUUGGUUAUGACGCCAUGAAGGUGGUACUGUUGUCGUUACAAAUGGUGCAUUAAAUGGAAUUUUAGAGCCUUAUCAUAAAGAGCCAAUUAUUGGUAAAAUGGUUAAACGACCUGCUAUACUUGAUGAAAAAUUGGCAGAAGAAUUACAUUCAUUGGCAAGCCCUGAUGAUUGUUAUAAAACAGUUGUUGGAAAAACAAUG